CGGUCCGCGAGAUGGAAGAUUGAAAUAGAUCUGGUGCGACGAGAUCGUGUUGGUGGUGAUAAUUGGACAGAGAGAUAUAUGCUUUGAGCGGAUCGUUUUGGAUGGACUUUGAUCUUUUUCUUGGGGUGACUUCCUGGUGAACAUGUGCCGAAGGACUUUCGCUCUGAUUUAGGGUAUCAAAAAUGGAGGAAAACGGACGUGGAGAAACGUUGUGCAAGGUCUGCGGAGACAAAGCUUCCGGAAAACAUUAUGGCGUUCCGAGCUGCGACGGAUGUCGAGGCUUCUUCAAGCGGUCAAUCCGCAGGAAUUUGGACUACGUGUGUAAAGAGAACGGACGUUGCAUCGUGGACGUGUCCAGACGCAAUCAAUGCCAAGCUUGUCGCUUCACAAAAUGUCUUCAGGUCAACAUGAAACGAGAUGCCGUACAACACGAGAGAGCACCGAGAAGCACGUCUUCUCUUGUUACGGUAGCGAGAAGGACUCCUUCGGGACUUUAUGCAGGAAUUUCUAACGUCUACCAUCCGGCGGGUACUACUUAUCAUCCCCUUUUAUAUCCCGCAUUGUUCCCUUUCAAGCCUACGGUGUCAACAUUCACCCCGUCAGUUGCACAUUUCUUACCACGACCGUCUCCGGAAUCCUUGUCUAUGACUACUGCCAAAGAGGAUGAAGUUACCAGCUCCGAGGAAGCAGCUACUGUCGACAUCAGAAUUGAAUCGAAAGAGGAACUAGUAAAUACACGUCUGGCGCCGCCAGUCAUCACUUCCGUUUCAUCAGAAUACACGAUGCAAGGUUUAUCACUCCUGCCAACUGAAAAUAUCUAUGAAUUUGCAGCAAAGUUACUUUUUUUUGCUGUUAGAUGGGCGAGAAGUAUACAUUCCUUUCUACAACUUCCUUAUAGAGAUCAAACUAUCCUUCUGGAGGAGUCGUGGAGCGAGUUGUUUGUGUUGACGGCAGCACAGUGGAGUUUUCCCGUGGAUGAGACCACCUUGGUUCCUGUAGAUCUGCCGAUGGAACGAAGAGAAAUUUUACUCGACAAAGCGAGGAGGCUGAGAGAACUUUUAGCAAAAUGCGCCGCGUUAAGGGUGGAUCAUUCAGAGUACGCGUGCUUGAAGGCUAUAGUCCUAUUCAAGGCUGAAUCACGGAAUCUGUGCGAGCCGGGACGAGUGUCGGCGUUGCAGGAACAAACGGUGGCGGUGUUCUGCGAAAGGGAUGCGCGUAGGGUAGGUCGGUUGCUACUGCUUUUACCCCCGGCGCGCGCGUUAUGUCGCGCUACCCUUCACGAACUAUUGUUCAAACCGACCGUCGGUGACGUCAGCGUGGAGCGACUGCUGGGCGACAUGGUCGGCGCUCUCAGGCCCGCUUGAAAAAUAGCGUUCCACGACCAUUUGCGUAUUCUUUAUAUUUAUCGACACUUAUUUAUCAACGAGAGAUACUAUCGA